AGCUACGAAAACCCUAGCGAAUCGAGAGUAAAAAAAAAAAAAAAAGUCCCUACAUUAGAUUGCGAGCGAUUCGAUCGCCAUUGAUGGAGGUGAUGAUGGGCUUCGAGGACCCGAUGCUCUUCUCGACGCUGCAGCAACUGAUGGACAUCCCGGAGGAGGUGGAGAAGGCCUUCAACGCGCCGACGCGCGCGUACGUGCGCGAUCGCAAGGCCAUGGCGAACACCCCCAUGGACGUGAAGGAGCUCCCCUCGGGGAAGCUGGUGCUCACCGUGGACAUGCCCGGGGUGAACCCGAGCGACGUCAAGGUGCAGGUGGAGGAGGGCAACGUGCUCGUGAUAAGCGGGGAGAGGAGGAGGGAGAAGGAGGAGAAGGGCGCGGCGGAGGGAGAGGAGAAGGACAAGGACAAGGAGAAAGAAGGAGGCAAGUACCUGCGGAUGGAGAGGAGGAUGGGGAAGUUCAUGCGCAAGUUCCCGCUUCCGCAGAACGCGAAUUUGGACUCCAUAUCGGCGUCGUACAAGGACGGGGUGCUCACCGUCACCGUCGAGAGGAUGCCCCCGCCGGAGCCGAAGAAGCCGAAGAGCAUCGAGGUCAAGGUCAACUGAGAGAGAGAGAGAGAGAGAGAGAGAGAGAGAGAGAGAGAAGGAGAGGAGAGUUCGG